CUUUCACUUUCCCACUUCCUCUCUCACACACACACCGGAAAACAAAAACCGUCUCUAAUCGGACCGGAAAAAUGGAUAUAUUCGAUAUCCAUAACGUUAAGGCCGAGAAAGCCAACGCUAUGUUACGCUACCAUCAGUUCCGAACAUUCGCGAAGCUUUUCCGAUUCGUUGAGCUAUUUUUAGCCGUGAUUUUGAUCUCGUGGAUCACGUUCCGGUUGCCGUUAGUAAUCGGAAUGUUGUUUGAGUAUUUCCGGUUGUUAGUUUCCGUUAUCGUUAGUCCUCUGUUUAUAUUUCUAAUCGGAAACGUAAUUGUGUUAACGCUGGUGAUAAAAUCCGGUCAACUCGCCGGAGAAGAUAGUGAGAGUAAUGCCGGAAAUGAUAUAUAUAAUGAGAUUGUAAGUAAUGAAGAAGCUGAUGUUGUUCCUCCGGUUCUACUCCAACCGGAUGAAAUUGUUUAUCAGGAUAAACAAAUAAUAUCUGAAGUAAAAAAAAUAUAUAUAAAUAAUAAAAUUAAUAACGAUACUGAUAAUGAUAUUAAAUCUGUAACAGAAUUCUGUUACAAAAAACCGGUUGUGAAUUCGGAUCCGGAUCUGGAUCCGAGAGUUUAUCGGAGAAGUCAGAGUGAAAUUUUGAUGAUGAUGAAGAAAGACUGCAAUGAGGCUUCCGGCAAGUUGAAGCGGUCGGAAACGGAGAUACGGCGGACGGAAAAUGAAAUAAAGGAAAACGACGUCGUUGAGGAGCUAAGUAAUGAAGAAUUUCAAAAGAAGAUUGAAGGAUUUAUUGCUAAGCAAGUUAGGUUUCAUCAAGAGGAAAAAUUAGCUAUUGUUGUUCCUUAGUUUAAUAAACAUUUAAUUUCCGUACAAUUUUUCUAUAAAUACGGAUAUUAUU